AUUAACAUAAGCAGUUACUACUUUAAAAAACUAGUCCUGUGGGUACUGGGAUUAUAUUACAGUUUAAAAUAUUUAAACCUUGGUGACUGCUGUCCUACAAGUGUUCAGAGUUAAUAGAAGAAUAUUACACACUUGGAACAUGGAAGUUCCAGAACACAGUGAUAACCUUACCGGAAAUAUUAACACUCGCUACCAAAUCUUGUUAGACAAUAUAGUUCCUUAUGUUGCUUUGAGGUGGGGAAGUUUACUUUUUACCUUAGGCUUGUUUUUUUUUAGAAUCAUACUUUUGCAAGGCUGGUACGUAGUUUGUUAUGCACUUUCUAUCUACUUGCUAAAUCUACUUCUUGAGUUUCUGACUCCUCUUGACUUCGAAUUUGACGAAGAGGAUGAAGGGGAACCCCAACUUCCUACACAAGCUAACCAAGAAUUCAAACCUUUUGUACGAAAACUUCCAGAGUUUAAAUUUUGGGAAAACGGCAUGAAGGGGCUUCUUGUGGCCCAUUUUUGUGUGUUUUUCGACUGUUUCAAUGUUCCUGUGUUCUGGCCAAUCCUGGUGCUAUACUUUUUUGCACUAUUUUUUGCGAUGAUGCGAAAAAGAAUUCAACAUAUGAUCAAGUAUAAAUAUGUGCCGUUUAAUUUUGGAAAAAAAUCCUACCGAAACAGCCCAGUGAGGACCAUUUAAUUUGUUUUAAAUUGAUAAUUUAGUUUUUUAUUAGAUUAUUUGAAUCGUG